GAUCGAUGCUCGUAAUCAGCGACGACGUGAAAUCAUCUGUUUUGGCUGCUCGUCAGAGGAUGGCCACCGAAAUGGACACGUCUGACUCCCGAAAACGACCUCUUGAUGGCGAGGUAGAGAGCGGAGUGACAAAACGGUCAAACCCCGGAGGAGCUGACCAUGUCCAUUUCAAAAUCCUCAUCCCUAGUGUAGCAGCAGGUGCAAUUAUUGGUAAAGGUGGCGAAACAUUAACGCAAAAACAAAAAGAAACAGGAGCAAGAGUCAAAAUGUCAAAAGCUAACGAUUUUUAUCCAGCCACAAUGGAACGAGUAUGUUUAAUAACAGGAACAGUAGAAGCUAUAACUAGUAUACACAAUUUUAUAAUGGAGAAGAUCUUAGAAAAACCAGAUCCUAAUCCAAAACCUGUAGACGGUGAAUUAAAAGUGAAUUUAGAAAGACAUAAACAGGACAACAGCCAUGAUUUGUAUGAGAGAAAAUAUCCUUCUUCCCAUAGAUUGCUGGUGAAGAUAUUAGUGCCAAAUAGUACAGCAGGGAUGAUCAUAGGUAAAGCAGGCAACUAUAUAAAAACCGUAAAAGAGGAAAGCGGAGCGUACGUCCAGGUAUCGCAGAAAGCCAAGGAUAUAAAUCUACCAGAAAGAUGUGUGACUAUAUCGGGUGAUAUGGACUGUAACAAAAAGGCAGUGGCUAUGAUACUACAGAAGAUAGCCGAGGACCCUCAGAGUGCAAGCUGUCCCAAUAUAAGUUAUGCUGAUGUACAUGGACCUGUAUGUAGUUCAAAUCCCACCGGUUCACCAUUUGCAACAAAUCCAACCGCUGCCACUACCGGUGGGCGAGCAGAGGGACAGUGUCCAGCCCAACCUGUGCAGCCACAACAGCAACCAGGCAUGAUGACAAGUAACAAUAAUAUGAACAACAAUCUAGGUUCGGGGAUUACGAAUUUAAACCUGAGUGCUGCCAACAUAGGAGGAGCUGGAAUGUUUGGAAAUGCCGGCAUGAAUAGCCUGAGCUUGGAGAACCUGAAAGCAACACUGCGAGGUAGUGGCUAUUCUGAUCAGGCUACUGAUGACAUCAGUACCGCUAUGUGUACUCUUGCAAACUAUGGAUUUCUAGGGAUGGGAAUGGGAAUGGGGGGUCAGCAAGGGGGAUUUAGUCUCAACCUUGGUGGGGGCACUGGUUUAGGUGGACUCAAUCUAGGCGGAGGGGCUGCAAAUUCGUUUGGCAGUGCCAAUAUGGCAGCAGGAGGUGGUACAGUAGAGAGCGCUGGUGGGAUGUUUGGUCCUGUUGGCAGUGGCUCGUCUAUGGGGGCUGGUAGUGCUGGGGGUUCAAGCUUAUUCAGCACAUCCUCAGCCAAUCCAGUGGUGGAUAACACCUCCAUGUUCACAGAGGCUUAUAAUACUAGCGCUUUCAAUCCUCCCCAAGGGUAUGGUAGUGUCAAUGAUACUGUGAUCAACCAGAAUUCAUUUGGAUUGAGUUUGGCUGGGCAGUUCAGUGGCUCUGGGGCAGCCACUGCUCCACAACCUUUGCAAGACAUGAGCGGUGAUAAGAAUGCUCCUUGUAAAAAGGAAAUGGAAGUGCCUGAGAAUCUGGUAGGUGUUAUUCUAGGCCCUGGUGGCAAGGGAAUCAAUGAGCUAAAGCUAGCAACCCAGGCCAACAUCCAGAUUUCUAAGAAAGGUGUGUUUGCACCUGGGACUCGGAACCGCAUUGUAACGAUCACUGCCACCGCAGAACAUGUGAAUAGGGCUUACCAAGUUAUCCAACAGAAGUUACAACAAGAGGAGUCAAAGCGUGCUAGGCAAACUCAAGGUCAGCCUGUGCGCUAGUAGUACCAUCUCACCUCUUUCACACCUCUCAUGGAUAGUUCUCAUAGACUAUUUCACACAAUCAAAACUCCCUAAGACUUCUCAUUGUGAUAUCUCAUAACUUGUAUAAUAGUGUACCAGUCACUAGAGACUAAUUCAUCCGUCAGCAUUAUAACGUUAUCUCAUAUAUAUCACCGUUAGGACAUAUGACUGUGAGACUGCUUACAGUUUUCAUUGGAUCAUCAAUGUAUAUACAUGUGUAUAUACCACUCAUGUUGCAUCUUCAUGUUACCAUGGUUACAGAUUCAUAUAUAAUCAAUUAUUGUAUGUACAGAUGUACAGAGAGUGAAGGGACAAAUGUGGCUGUUGUUUUUAGUUGACUAUAGUAACAUUGUUGACUUAUUUAUGUUUGUCAUUAUUUUGUACGUGAGUAUCGUGUACACUCUACUGCUUCUACAUAUAAAGUUGGUUGCUGGUCGGA